AUGAGAUGGAACUAAUUCAAUAUUGUAAUUAAAUCCUAUAAAAUUUAGAGAAUUAAAAGUUUUUUUAAAUAAAAUUCAAUUGCAAAUGAUUUCCUUUAUUUAGAUAAUAAGAUAAUUAAUGAAAAAAAUGUUAGUUAUACUGUUAAAUUAGAUGCUAAUAUUAUAGUAGCAGCAUUUCAACUGCAUCAAUUUACAGCAUUUGAUUUUUACAGAAUAUUUGUGGAUUUUUACCAUACUUAAUAAAUAUAGAAAUGUGAAGAACUAGGAAAAAAUACCAAUUCAUAAAGAUACUAAAUUGAUCUAUAAUAUUUUUUUAUUUAUUUGUCAGUUGAAACGACUUUAAAGGAAUGGGAUUAAAUUAAUUAUAAAUAGAAAGGGAAAUUAAAAUUAACAUCUGAAAUUGAUGAUAAUUAAGAAGUAUCAUGGGAAGAUCAAUAUUAUAUUUUAAUGAAAAUGAAGUAGAUUCAGAGUAUAAAAGUUAAUUACGAAAGUGUAUAAUUAGAAAGGAAGUAUAUUGUCAUUUAAUUAUUAGUCUAUUUAAGACUUCUUUGUUGCAGAUUACACACUUUUUUUUUUGAAAAAAUAUUUGUAACAUGUUAAUGAAAAAUAAUUGAUAAAGAGUCUGUUUAGUAAUCGAAAUAGAUUAAAUUUAACGUUAGAAAAUUUUUCAGGGAGUUUAGAACUUCUAAAGCAUAAAUUAAAUUAAUUUAAUAACAUUAAAUAAAAAUUAAUAUAAGUAAUUAAGUUAUAAAAUAAUCAGAAGAAAAUCUAAAUGGGAUAUCUAUUUAAGAUACAAUACUUCGGUUUUAUAAUUUUUUAAAAGUAAUCUAAGUAAUACAAAUUUCAAUAAUUUUUCUAUAUAUAAUGCAGUUUUACAUUAGCAAAAAUAGAAAAUUCAAAUUGGAUCAAUUAAGCUUGUAAAGAAAUUGUUUCUUUAAUUGGAGGCAAAAAAAUGUUAAUUCAAUUAUCUUUAUUGAAGAUGGGUCUUAAUUAGUUUUAAGUAUUGAAGAUGGAACUAUCAAAUUAUGGAAUGUAGUUCAAAAUCAACAACCAAAAGAAGAUAAUUUGA